CCGUCCCGGGUCCAGGACAUCUGGCUGCUGGAUGCUGCACUUUGUCCUUCUCAUCUGAGAGCGAUGGCUUCUGAGGUGGUGUGUGGUCUGAUCUUCAGAGUGCUGUUGCCAGUGUGUCUGGCGGCAGCAUGUCUGUUCAGGUACAAUGGACUGUCCUUCAUCUACCUCCUGUACCUCCUCCUCAUCCCGCUGUUCCCCGAACCCUCCAGUAUAACCAUGCAAGGCUACACGGGGCACUUGCUGAAGUCUUUAUGCUUCUGUAGCAUGACCUUCCUCUUCAUCCACAUCGUCUAUCAAAUCACCAUCCACAGUUUGCUGGCUGCAAACUCUAUCAAUUCUGAAUUCAAUUGUUCAGUGUGGGAGAAGUCAAUACGACAGAUUGGCUUCGAGAGUGUUAUUGGUGCAGAUGCAGGCAAUGGUAUCCGAGUUUUCCUCCCGGAUAUUGGGAUGUUCAUGGUGAGUCUGUCCGUGUGGCUGCUGUGCAGAAAGCUGGUCCACAAGCUUCCCAGCGAAGAAAUGGCCCAGGACAACCAUGACUUUGAGGCCGAGGAAAAGGAGGAGCAUGACGAGAAAGUGGAAAAUGGUGAUGAUGAUGAUGAUGACGAGAUGCUCUUUGACGAGGACUUUGAUGCAGAAGAUGAGGCAGAGGAAGAGGACGGGGAGAGAGCAGGUCUGGAUGAGGAAGAGGAGGUGGAGGAGGAGGAAGUGCAGGAGAGCAUAAAGAUGAAGAUUCUGCGCAUAGUAGCAGGAGUGCCAACAAAACUCAAAGAGAUCAUCGGUAACCUCAUCACAUCUGCUGGACAAGUGGUCAUUACCAUUCUACUGGGAUUAACAGGUGUCACGCUGCCCUCUCUGAGCUCAGCCGUCUACUUCUUUGUGUUUUUGGGGCUGUGCACGUGGUGGUCGCUCUGCAAGACCUUUGACAAGCUGCUCUUCAGCUGUCUGUGUGUCCUCAUGGCCAUCUUCAGUGCUGGUCAUCUCACCAUACUUUAUUCCAACCAGUUCCAGUUCCUGCAGGAGGCCAUCAGCCUCAACGACAGCUACACCAGUUUGUUUGGCAUCUCCUCCAUCGUUCGAACCGACUGCUCCUCAACCUGGAAGCUUGCCGUCAACAGUGGCCUGAACUGGCACCAUUUUGUCAAUCCCAUCAUGCUCUUGGUCCUGUACUACACACUGGCCACCUUGAUCCGUCUGUGGCUGCAAGAUCCCAUGAUCAUGGAGAGUGAGGAAGAGGACAUUAACGGGGAAAAUGAGACCGCUGGAAACCGCUUCGUUCACACGUCGAUCGGGAAGCGGCUGCUCUGGUGGAAAGCGCAUCAGAAAACUGAGGAAAGAAAUCUGGCGCUUGGUUUGGAUCGUUUCCUCAAACCAUACGCUGCUGUGGGUGCUAAUGGUUGCCGGAUUUCAUGUACAAGACGUUUCCAUCCAUGGGGUUUCAUGGCCAUGGACCUGGCCUCAUCGAGGUUGAGACAUUGUUUUCUCAAAUCCUCGUCAACCUGUUUCAUCCAUAUUUUCUUUGGCGCUGUUUUGUGUCAGCUGAGUUUCUGGCUGCUGCUCAGACAAACUUUGAUGGAACGACGAGAGAAGAUGGAAGAGGAAGCAGCGCUUUGUGACGUCAAAGUAGAUGAGCAGGAAAAACAGGAAGAAAAAGACCAAGAGGAAGAGGAGGGGGGCGAGAAUGACCUGAUGCAUGUGAUUGGGAAACUAGUGAUGGCUCUGCUGGUCUUUGACAGAGAGUUUUGUUCUCCUCAGGUGCAUUAUGAGUGGUGGCGCAGGAUCCUGAAGUACUUCUGGAUGUCUGUGGUGGUUUACACCAUGCUUGUGCUCAUCCUAAUCUACACCUGUCAGUUUGAGAAUGCCAUCAAUACCUGGUCCAGUAUGACGGGCAUGUCAGAAAAAGUACUGGGGGACAUCGGUCUGGAGAAGUACAGCCUCUCGGAGUUGUUCACCCGUAUCUUCAUCCCCACGUCCUUCCUGCUGGUCUGCAUCCUGCACCUGCAUUACUUCCACGAGCGCUUCCUGCAGCUCACCGAUCUCAAAGCCGUCAUCAGCAAAGAGCAGAGCACCAUUUACAGCUGUACUAAAGUCAGUGGUCGUAUCUAUCUGAUCGUGGAUAGAAAUCAAGCUUCAGGUGUCAGAUCUCUCCUCACUUCUGUUUCAGACCUUAAGAAUAAAUGGCAUUUGGUGGUGGACCGGCUCACGGUCCUGUUCCUCAAGUUCCUGGAGUACUUCCAUAAGCUGAAGCUCUUCAUCUGGUGGCUGCUGGAGAUGCACAUCAUCAAGAUCGUGUCCACUUACAUCAUCCUGCUGUCUGUCAAAGAGGUCUCGCUCCUGAACUAUGUGUUUUUGAUCUCAUGGGCGUUUGCGCUGCCGUAUAAGCAGUUUCGAGUUCUCGCUUCCAGCGUUUGCACCAUGUGGACGUGUGUCAUCAUCAUCUGCAAGUUGUUUUAUCAGCUAGAGACCAUCGAACCCAGCAACUACUCAAGUAUUUGUACUAUGCCAUCCAACUACACAGAAGAGCAAAUUAUGGACAUGAAUCAUUCUCUACUGUACCGGAAGCCCGUGGAUCCUGCAAACUGGGUCGGCCUGGAGAAGUUUGAAGAACCUGUACUGCCCAACCUGAGGAAUAACUUGUUGAUGUUGGCCAUCUUGGCGUUUGAAGUCACCAUUUACAGACAUCAGGAACUGGCUCAUCCUGACGGGAGUCUGGCCGAUCUGACGAUGAAGAGCACGUCUCCAGAGCCACUGCUGAAGGAGGAGAAUGAGAAAGAGUCCAUGAACGAGGAGCUGGUUGUGGACUGUGUAGACGAGGAGAAGAAGAAAGAGUCUCUGUCCAUCCAUUCAGCUCAUCUGUCCAGUCAGGAGGACAUUCAGCAGUUCAGCGCCGCCACAGAUCCUGAACUGCCCUCAGAACAGAGCUCAGACCUUAAGAAUAAAUGGCAUUUGGUGGUGGACCGGCUCACGGUCCUGUUCCUCAAGUUCCUGGAGUACUUCCAUAAGCUGAAGCUCUUCAUCUGGUGGCUGCUGGAGAUGCACAUCAUCAAGAUCGUGUCCACUUACAUCAUCCUGCUGUCUGUCAAAGAGGUCUCGCUCCUGAACUAUGUGUUUUUGAUCUCAUGGGCGUUUGCGCUGCCGUAUAAGCAGUUUCGAGUUCUCGCUUCCAGCGUUUGCACCAUGUGGACGUGUGUCAUCAUCAUCUGCAAGUUGUUUUAUCAGCUAGAGACCAUCGAACCCAGCAACUACUCAAGUAUUUGUACUAUGCCAUCCAACUACACAGAAGAGCAAAUUAUGGACAUGAAUCAUUCUCUACUGUACCGGAAGCCCGUGGAUCCUGCAAACUGGGUCGGCCUGGAGAAGUUUGAAGAACCUGUACUGCCCAACCUGAGGAAUAACUUGUUGAUGUUGGCCAUCUUGGCGUUUGAAGUCACCAUUUACAGACAUCAGGAGUUUUUCCGUCUCAGAAACAAACUCUCUCCUCCUCCCUCUCGGACCAUCUUUCAUGACAUCACCCGGCAACACCUCGACAACAGCAUCAUCAACUGCGCCAAAUACUUCAUCAACUACUUCUUCUAUAAGUUUGGUUUAGAGGUGUGUUUCCUGUUGGCGAUCAAUGUGAUGGGUCAGCGGAUGGAUUUCUACUCCAUGCUGCAUGGUUUGGCUCUGGCUGUGGUGAUGUACAGACGCCGGAGGAAAGCCAUCGCUGAGAUCUGGCCCAAAUACUGCUGCUUCCUGGCCUGCAUGAUCACCUUCCAGUAUUUCAUCUGCAUUGGAAUCCCACCGGCUGCUUGUAAAGAUUAUCCCUGGAGGUUUUCUGAAUCCAUGAUGGAUUCUGACAUCAUUAAAUGGCUUUUCCUUCCUGAUUUCCACACUCAGCCCAACUCCUUGUUCCUCGUCUAUGAUUUCAUGCUGCUGCUGUGUGCGUCGCUGCAGAGGCAGGUGUUUGAAGAAGAAAACAAAGCGGCCGUUCGUCUGAUGGCGGGAGAUAACGUAGAGAUCUGCCGAGACCUGGACGCGGCAUCGUUCAGCGUUUACAACCCCGUACCGGACUUCAUUCACUGCAGGUCGUACCUGGACAUGCUGAAGGUGAUCAAGUUUAGCUACCUGUUCUGGUUCGUCCUGACCAUCAUCUUCAUCACGGGCACAACUCGGAUCAGCAUCUUCUGCAUGGGUUACCUGGUGGCGUGUUUUUACUUUCUGCUCUUCGGUGGUGAUCUCUUGCUCAAGCCAAUCAAGAAGAUCCUCCGUUACUGGGAUUUCCUCAUAGCUUACAAUGUUUUCGUCAUCACAAUGAAGAACGUGUUUGCUAUUUUGGCGUGUGGUUAUAUCAAGCAUUUGGUGAAGAAUAGCUGCUGGUUGGUUCAGCUGCUCAGUCUUUCCUGCACCAUAAAAGAAUACAAAGCUCUAGAAGGAUGUGAAGUGCCGAAGGAUGAGGCCGGAAUCAUCUGGGACAGCAUCUGCUUCACGUUCCUCCUGCUGCAGAGACGCGUUUUCAUGAGCUACUACUUCCUGCAUGUGGUCGCAGACAUCCGCGCCGGCCAGAUUCUCGCAUCUCGCGGAGCAGAGCUGUUUCAGGCCAGCAUUGUGAAGGCUGUGAGAGCUCGUCUGGAGGAGGAGAAGAGAUCCAUGGAGCAGCUGAAGAGACAGAUGGAUCAUAUUAAGACGCGACAGCAGAAGUUCAAGAGAGGAAAGGAGAAGAUGCUCAGUAUGGCUCAGGAGUCUGGAGACGAGCAGAAACUCAUCCAGCCCGACGACAACGAUGAUGAUGAUGAGAGAAAGAAAAACAAGGUGCAAAAAAAGCAGUGGUGGAGGCCUUGGGUUGACCAUGCGUCCAUGGUUAGAAGUGGUGAUUAUUACCUGUUUGAAACUGACAGUGAAGAGGAGGAGGAAGAGGAGGAGAAGAAAGAUGAAGAACAGCCCAAGAGGUCAGCCUUCCAGUUUGUGUACCACACCUGGAUUGCUGACUCUAAAGCAGCCCUGAAAGAAAGAGGCAAAGGGAGGCGUCAUUUCUGGAAGCGAUACGGCCGCAGACGUAGAAAAGACAAGAAAGAAGGUACGAUCGGUGAAGAAGACCGUCAGAGUUUAGAGGAAGACAAAACAGACGGACCAGACAAUAUUAUCAAGAGGGUCUUCAACAUCAUCAAGUUCACCUGGGUGCUGUUUCUGACCACCGUUGAGAGCAUCACCAAGUGGCUGAACUCCGUCUGCAGAGAAUACAUCGACAUCUCCACCGUUCUGCGCAUCGAGCGCUGCAUGCUGACCAGAGAAGUCAAAAAGGGAAACGUGCCGUCCCGUGAGAGCAUCCAUGUGUACUACCAGAAGCAGAUGAAACUGAACGGAUCUCGUGAAUCUGGACUGGACCGGAUCAGUGAGGAGGACUCCUGCUCAAACAGAGAGCGCUGCAGACGGGCCGGCCACAGUCUGGAUUCCUUCGCUUCCAGAGACAGCAUGUCCAGUGAAGUUACUCAGUCCGUUACACUUUUCUCUCGGCAAGGAACCAACGACAUUCUAGAUGAGGUCGAGGAUGAGAGAGAACAGGUGGAGGCAAAAAAGAAGGAAACUGCAGAAACUGUUGAGGACAAACCUGAAGGAGCAGAUCAUGAGGAAGUGAAAGAGGAAGAAGUGAAACGGGAAGCGAUGAAUGAGCUGGCAGGGGAAGUGACACAAGAAGUGACGGAUGAGCUGGCAGAGGAAGCAAUACAGGAAGUGACAGAUGAGCUGGCAGGGGAAGUGACACAAGAAGUGACGGAUGAGCUGGCAGAGGAAGCAAUACAGGAAGUGACAGAUGAGCUGGCAGGGGAAGUGACACAAGAAGUGACGGAUGAGCUGGCAGAGGAAGCAAUACAGGAAGUGACAGGGGAGCUGGCAGAGGAAGUGAUACAGGAAGUGACAGAUGAUCUGGCAGAGGAAGUGAUACAGGAAGUGACAGAUGAUCUGGCAGAGGAAGAGAUACAGGAAGUGACAGGUGAGCUGGCAGAGGAAGUGAUACAGGAAGUGACAGAUGAACUGGCAGAGGAAGUGAUACAGGAAGUGACAGGAGAGCUGGCAGAGGAAGCGCUACAGGAAGUGACAGAUGAUCUGGCAGAGGAAGUGAUACAGGAAGUGACAGGUGAGCUGGCAGAGGAAGCGAUACAGGAAGUGACAGAUGAUCUGGCAGAGGAAGCGAUACAGGAAGUGACAGGUGAGCUGGCAGAGGAAGUGAUACAGGAAGUGACAGGUGAGCUGGCAGAGGAAGUGACAGGAGAAGUGGAAGAGGAACUCCAAUGGGAUUUGGUGGAUCCAGAGGAAGCAGUUGAAGAUGUUCAGGUUCUUCAGCUGGAUUGUGAGGAGCAUGGAGAGGAAGAGCAGUGCAUUUCUGAAGAUGAGGAUGGUGAACAGCCAAUCCGACGGGACGAAGGUGAAUCAUCAGGACCGGAGAACAUGCAAACGGAUGUGAUCAGUGGGCAGCUUUUCACCCCGGACACAGACGCCCCCAACACCUCAGACGCUGACGUGCCGCCCAGCUACAGCAAAGCCGUGAGCUUCGACCGUCUGUCUGUGAGCUCAGACGACAGUGACAGUGACAAACGGCUGAUGCUGAUGACCCCCGACAGCAGAUGCGAUCUGGACGACCCUCUGCUGCCCUCCAUGACCGCCAGUGAACUGCUGCUCAACAAAAUGUUCUAUGAUGAGGAGCUGGAGAACUCUGAGCGUUUCUAUAAAUCGCAGCCGCUCGGGCUCCAGCUGUGUUAUGCUCUUUAUAACCUGCUGGUGGCGCACUCUGAGAUGGUCUGUUACCUGGUCAUCAUCCUCAACCACAUGAUCUCAGCGUCCAUGGCGACGCUGGUGCUGCCCAUCCUCAUCUUCCUGUGGGCGAUGCUCUCCGUUCCUCGGCCCAGCAAGCGUUUCUGGAUGACGGCCAUCGUGUACACAGAGGUCACCAUCGUCGUCAAAUACUUCUUCCAGUUCAGCUUUUUCCCAUUCAACCAGAACCUGGAAUUCAGCAAGGGGAAGCCGUACCAUCCGCCCAACAUCAUCGGCACAGAGAAGAAAGAAGGAUACGUGCACUAUGACCUGGUUCAGCUGCUGGCGCUGUUUUUCCACCGAUCCAUACUAAAGUGUCACGGACUCUGGGAUGAAGACGACCCUAAAGAGUCCCAUAAGGAUGAGUGUCUUAGUCAGGAUGAGUCUGUGGACGAGGGGAAGAUGGCGGUGGCGAUUCCACCCGAGGAAGAGAAGAAGAGUUCUCCAGCGUACUCGCUCAAGUCUGUGAACCUCGGCAUGUCCGUGGACUCGUCCCAGGUGCACGUGCAAAUAUGUUACCCUGAGCAUCGGCCUCACCUGCCGCGGCAGAGCACUAGCGGAUCUCACCUGUCCCGCCGCUCAUCUGCGCGCUCCAAACGCGGCAGCACAAGCACACGGAACAGCAUUCGCAGGGAAAACAGCACCAUAGACCCAGAAGUUCCGCAGAAGAGCCGCAAAGAAAUGAUCAUGGAGAAGAUCCGAGAGCAGCUCAUCAAAGCAAAGGUUUAUGUGAUCAAAAAAUUGGUUGAGUUCUGUCAGCCCAUCCGUCAGUUCUUCUAUAACCUGAUUCAUCCUGAGUACAACGCCGUGACGGAUGUUUACGUCUUGAUGUUUCUAGCAGACACCGUUGAUUUUAUCAUUAUUGUCUUUGGCUUCUGGGCAUUUGGGAAACAUCAGGGUGGUGCUGAUAUCACAUCCUCGCUGUCAGAAGACCAAGUUCCCGGGCCGUUCCUCGUCAUGGUGCUCAUCCAGUUCGGCACGAUGGUGGUGGAUCGCGCCCUGUACCUCCGCAAGACAGUGAUGGGAAAAGUGAUUUUCCAGGUCGUCCUGGUGUUCGGCAUCCAUUUCUGGAUGUUUUUCAUCCUACCAGGAAUCACAGAGAGGCGCUUCAGUCAGAACACUAUCGCUCAGCUGUGGUACUUUGUGAAAUGUAUUUACUUCGGCCUGUCAGCGUAUCAGAUCCGCUGUGGAUAUCCGACUCGCAUCCUGGGAAACUUCCUCACCAAGAGCUACAGCUACGUCAACCUCUUCCUCUUCCAGGGGUUCCGUCUGAUCCCGUUCCUGACGGAGUUGCGGGCGGUGAUGGACUGGAUUUGGACGGACACGACGCUCAGCUUGUCUAGCUGGAUCUGUGUGGAGGACAUCUACGCUCACAUCUUCAUCCUCAAAUGCUGGAGGGAGUCUGAGAAGCGUUACCCUCAGCCGCGCGGGCAGAAGAAGAAGAUGGUUGUGAAGUAUGGAAUGGGCGGCAUGAUCGUGAUGCUCCUGAUCUGCAUCAUUUGGUUCCCGCUGCUCUUCAUGUCUCUGAUCAAAUCUGUGGCAGGAGUGGUCAACACUCCGCUGGACGUGUCCGUCACGCUCACGCUGGGAGGACUUCAGCCGAUCUUCAUGAUGAGCGCCCAGCAGAACCAUCUGAAAAACAUCUCUUCCACAGAGUUUGCCAAGUUUUUAAAAAAAUACAGAGCUGAUGCAAGUGCCAUGCUGUUCCUGGAGUCUUAUAUUCACGAGGAUUUGACAGUAGCAGAACUAGAAGGAAGUUCCAACUCGCUCUGGACCAUCAGCCCCCCGAGCAAGCGGAACCUCAUUCAAAUGCUCAGUGACGCAGACGAGAAGUUUCCUCUCACCUUCACCUGGUCCAUACAGAGAAACCUCAGUUUAGGUGCCAAAGCUGAAACUGCAAUAGGGAAACACUAUAUAGACUUGGACAAAACCACGAGAACUAAGCUAAAAAAUCUACUGAAUGGAACUGAGCACAAAGAAGUGGUCAUCGAAAACAUUUUUCCAAGAUACAUCAGAGCACCAAGCGACUCCAAUGCCAAGCCUAUUGGGCAGCUCUACAAAAAUGAAUACAUGAGCAUCACACUGUCUUUACAUAAAUCCAGCAAAGACAGCACAGCGGGCGUCCAGGAGUGGUGGAUCGUGAAUCAGACAGAAGCAGGGCCGUUAUCUUUGGGCUCAGCCAGGAAUGCAAACGAAUCUGGUCUGGAGCUCUACAUCAUCAGUGACCAAGUCAGUCCACCCAGUCUGGGCUUUCUGGCGGGUUAUGGGAUCAUGGGUCUGUACAUGUCGGUGGUUCUGGUUAUCGGGAAGUUUGUGCGUGAAUUCUUCAGCGGGAUCUCGCACACCAUCAUGUUCGAAGAGCUGCCUAACGUGGACCGGAUCCUCAAGCUCUGCACCGACAUCUUCCUGGUCCGAGAGACGGGGGAACUGGACCUGGAAGAAGACAUGUACGCCAAACUCAUCUUCCUCUACCGCUCUCCAGAAACCAUGAUCAAGUGGACCAGAGAGAAGAGUGAGUGAGUGAGGAUGAGGACGCUGACCUUCGGAGGAACUCCAAACUAACCACGAGAAGCACAAAGCGGGAAUUGCACCUCUUUCCCAAAGCGCACGGUUGGAUUGAACCGAUUGUUCUUCAUGCGAACUGAUGAAACGUUAGCACUCGUGCAGUUUUCAUCCAGUGGACGUGCACUUGCUAGUGUUUUUUAAGGGCUUGAUAAGUGAACUUUAGGGCUUCCAGGCAUGCGCCACUUUGAUAUGACUUUCACCUUUGGGAGUGCAUGCGACAUGAUGGAUGUAGACGAGAAAUACUCAACCUACUUUAGACCUGGGCUUGAUUUGUAACGCCUCUCUGAAUUCUGAAGGCGAAACCGGUUUUGCAGGAAGCAGAACCGAAGGCCUGUAGGUGGCGCUGUGAAUUACGUGAGUCUCUAUUUGCCUUAUUUCAAUUGUACAAUCAACUAGACACAUCAUUAUCCACUAUCUUUCUCAGGAAUACAUUCGGAUUGACGACAACGGGAUAGCAACCUUUUUUCUCAUGUACGACACAGUGUGAAGAGGAACGUACGCAACAAACAUCUGUCAUUUGUGAACACAGAUUUGGAACAUGAAAAGGACGUUUGGUGUUUUAUAAGGCUUGAAGUAUAAUGACUUUUCAUAACUAAU